UAGCACGGAUAUGCAUGGACCAAUUUCAGAUAGACUGAAAAUUCUUGAUCAGUAUUUUUACAAGAUUAAAGAAACUUUUGUGUGUGAGAAAUACAUGUAUGAAGGACUUGAUCAAAAUAUUUUGACAGCUUAUUUUAUUUGAUGGUUGAAAAAAAAACUGAGUGGAAUUAAAUGUAUGUGAGGUGUAUGCGAUUGAAAUUUUACAAAGUGCAGCAUGUACAUAUAAAUAGAAUGCAUGAACCUAUCUAAGGUCCAAAACUCAAGUGUCAAGUAAAUAUGUACACAGAUAAACCGAUAUAUACAGAUUGUACAUGUAUACGUAUGCAGCACAACAAAAAUCCCAAGCUCUAUAUAUAUAAACCAUGUCACACGACUUGAUAACGAUGCUGUGUUUGUCCAGCGCCAUCUUUACCAGAUCUGCCCCAUCAAAAGCCUCAACUGUUUGUGCUCUUUACGUGAUAAACAUCAUCUUUAAUAGAUUAGACUGGGGAUUCAAAAAAGAUGCCUAAAGCCAAUCGGUCAGCCUCAGCUCAAGCAUCCGGGAAAGGGAAGGAUGCCAGGAAGCUGCGCCGGUCACCUCGUUUGUGUGCUAUCCAGUCAGGAGUGCGUGGACGGCAGUCACAGCUGGAGGAUGUAACGACUCCGGAAGUGGGAUGCCAGCAGCAAGGUUGGGACCGAGCAGAGGAGCCGAAGCUUGACCAAGUUCCUGGACCGAGUAGGGGAAGUGGACCACGCCAACGACGAAUCCAGGCAAAGAGCCAAACUCCUCCCCAGAUUGAUCCCAAGCUUUCAUAUCUGAGCUUCACCCCGGGUCAGAGGAUUGGUGACAUCAAUCUGGGCAAGCUGGCCGUCAAAGGCAAGUGGGAGAUGCUACGUGAGUUUGGUAAAAGAGGAAGUGGUCCAGGAAAGUUUGAUGGGGUUGUAGAUAUUACUGCUACUCAACCUGGUGAGAUUGCUGUGGCAGACUAUAGGAACAAACGAGUGGUCAUCUGCAGCAAUGAGGGACAACACAAGGGAACCAUUCCCCUACAACGUCCACUGGCAGUUGCAGCCAUCCACAAUCCUGAGCAACGCUUGCUUGUGUUGGAAGAUGGAAGCAAGUAUGUCAAGGUGUUCAACAUGAAGGACAACACUCUUGACUUCAAAUUCCCAACGGUAGCACCGAGUGAGGUUGAGGAGACACAAGUGAACCUAAAGAGCACAACAGUCAGGACAAACGGUAUUAUUUUAGUAGGAGACAUAGAAAGAAUGGUGUGGACUGAACACAGACCCACUGAUGGUGAGAUCCUACACACCAUACCAGUGCAGACUCCACCUCAAUUCCUGGCUGUUGAUGACGACACUGAUAGAGUUGUGGUCAGUGGAUUCCACACAAAGAAAGUGGAUAUUACCGACUGUAAAGGUUCUAUACACACCACCAUCAAACCAACUAUCAAUGGUGGGCCAGUGUGGUGUGAUGGUGUAUGCUGUGACAGCUCAGGCAUCUACCUUGCAGUGGACCAAGGUGCAGCUGGCACUGGUCAUAUUCACCACUAUGACCAAGAUGGCAGGUUUCUUGAUUGCGUGGAUCAGGGUCUGUGUUUCCCACUUGGAAUCACAUUCACAUCCAAUGGCCAGCUGGCAGUGGCUGAACACUACUUCAUCAAGAUGUAUCACAAGGUGUGAUGUCAUCCAACAUGACAUUGGCUAGCAAUCAUCAUCAUCCCAACAGCAAAUGUUGAGGAUGAAAUUGUCCAGUCAUUACAGCACCAAUCAACAUUCAUGUCCCAGUCAUAUCACAUCUCUCCUCAAAAAUCCAAACUGCCAGAUCCCUCUGAUGUGAACCAUUUUACCAUACAAAUUCUUAAAUAAACAGUGCAUCAAUUACAUUUUGUUACUAUACAAAGUCUUAUAUAAACAGUGAUUUGACUACAGCUACAUUAGAUUUGAUUGGGGGACAAUUUGUUUUAAUCUUACAUGCAUGAUGACUUGAAUCUAUUGUUUGUCUAAAUUAAAAGGUAAAUUUGAAAGGAGAGGGGAGUUUAGUGGGUGUUGAGGUGUUUGAAUGUAAUGACCCCCGCCUCCUCAACCCAACACCCCUCCCUCACCCAGUACAUGGAUUGCCAUCAAUCUAUCCAAUACUUACCAACU